CAUAAUAUUAUAUAGUGCAGAAUGGCAAUGGAAGGGGAAGGGGAAGGCAAGGAGGUUCCUGAAGUUUUGGUUUUAGGCCCUCCAUGGGUAUUCUCAACUUUGGAAUCUCAAUUCCCAAACAAAUUUCGUUACCUAAAGCCAUGGCUUUUUCCCCAACUCCCAUUGCACCAAUUCCUCACUUCUUAUGCCCAAUCCACACAGGCCUUGCUCAUGCCUGUCAUUCCCCUACUCAACUCCGCCACUCUCGACUGUCUCCCUUCACUGAAGCUCGUCGUUACAGCCAGCGCCGGUGUCGAACACUUGAACUUGGCCGACUUACGUGGUCGUGGGAUAGCCGUUGCCUAUGCAGGAAACGUGUUCUCUGAAGAUGUCGCUGAUAUGGCAGUUGGAUUACUAAUUGAUGUCCUACGAAAGGUUUCCGCGGGAGACCGGUUUGUUAAGCAACGCCUUCAACCUACUAAACUUCAUUUUCCUCUUGGAUCAAAGUUGAGCGGCAAGCAGAUUGGGAUUGUUGGAUUGGGGAAAAUAGGCACCGAAGUUGCCAGAAGGCUGGAAGGUUUUGGUUGCACAAUCUCAUAUAACUCAAGGACCAAAAAGCCAUUAGUCUCAUACUCCUAUUAUUCCAAUGUACAUGAACUUGCAACCAACUGUGAAGUCCUCAUCAUUUGUUGCGGGUUAACCGAAGAAACUCGCCAUAUGAUUAACAGGGAAGUGAUGCUAGCAUUAGGAAAAGAUGGAGUGAUAAUCAACAUUGGUCGUGGGGCGGUCAUCGAGGAGAAGGAGAUGAUUCGAUGUCUGAUUGAAGGAGAGAUUGGGGGUGCUGGAUUGGAUGUGUUUGAGUUUGAACCCGAAAUUCCAAAACAACUCUUUACACUCGAUAAUGUUGUGUUGUCACCACAUGCAGCUAUCACAACACACGAAUCUUUUGGGGGAAUGGCUAAACUGGCUGUGGAAAACUUGGAGGCAUUCUUCUCAAACAAACCUUUGGUGUCUCCCUAUUUGGCUUAGUUUUUGUGCAAUUAAGGAAGGCUGAAGAAAGAUUGAAAAAGACUUCAAGAACUACCUUCAUGUAUUAGAGUAAUCAACGUUUUUCUUCUUAGUGGAUGAAUAUUUAUAGAUAUAUAUCGAACAUUUGUAGUCACUAACUUACCAUUUAUCAUAAUUGUCAAGCAAGUAUGACUCAACUAGCACACAAAUAUAAUAGAGGAGUGUUAGAUGAUAUGAUAUUAAAUUUGUAUUCACCUAUAAACUUAAAUUUUUAAAUUAAUCAAUUAUUUAGUAUGAAUCAAA